CCCACCCAGAGGAAAAAGGGAGGAAGUCAGGAAGCUGCCUGCUUGUGACAGCAAAGAGAGAAAAAAGCACAGUAGAAUAAAAAAAGGCCGGACUUCAGUUUGAACUCUCUCUCUCCUCUUCUGGUUAGAUUUAGACUCCUAAAAAACAACAACAUGGCGAAGAACACGCUGACGGCUCGCUUCAGAGGAGUGGACGUGGACGAGUACGACGAGAACAAGUUUGUGGACGAAGAGGAAGGAGGAGAGAACCAGCUGGGUCCUGACGAGGCUGAGGUGGACUCACUCAUCAGACAAGGAAAUGUCAUGGAGGCUUUACAAGCGGUCUUGAAGAACCCGCCAAUCAACACAAAGAACCAGAACGUCAAGGAGCGUGCUGAGGGUUUGGUGCUGAAGGUGCUCAGCGCCUUCAAGAGCAGCGACAUUGAGAAAGGGGUGCAGUCCCUCGACAAGAACGGCGUGGACCUGCUGAUGAAAUACAUCUACAAAGGCUUCGAGAGGCCGUCAGAAAACAGCAGCGCGGUCCUACUGCAGUGGCACGAAAAGGCUCUGGCAGCUGGAGGAGUGGGCAGCAUCGUCAGGGUACUAACAGCGAGGAAGACGGUCUAAAAGUGGAUCAGUUCUCUCCACAUCACUGACGGAUACAGGAUACUGUUCAUGUAAUCAUAACAGAUGGCAUAGGGACUAAAAGGAAAAAGCAGACAUUUAACCCAAUGUGAUCCUGCUGCGUUCAAGCUUAGACUAAAUAAUCUAAUCAAAUCAAAUCUGGGUCACAUUAGGUUAAAAAAACGUCUUUUUCUUCUUACAUCCCCUUCCUGAUCACAGCCGACUGAAUCAUGUUCCUCACAGGGUGCUACAGAGAACUUCAUGUGUCUGUGCUGCUUCCUUCAUCUACUUCAUUUUCUCUCCAGGUCAUUCCUACACAGUGUGUUCUCAGUCUGCACACCAGUGGCUCCCAACAUACAGGUGAUAAAUCUUAGAAAACACGAGGGCUGGGCCCCACGAUACGAUGUCAUCACGAUACUUAAGUCACGAUACGAUCUUAUUUUAAACGUUUUGCGAUAUGCUGAGUAUUGCGAUAAGAUAUAUUGCGAUUUAUUACACGGCUUUGUUGAAUACUC